AUGUCAUCUCUCCUGCGCGAAGCAGAGAAAUGCAUCGCCAACCAGAAUUCAUACACCGCUUUAAAUGCCUUGAUCAGUGCAUUGCACUCCUCAGGCCAAUGGCUGGAUCGAAUCAGAGAGGCAGAUACGCGGCGCGCACAAGGUCGACCUCAGUCACGGCUAGAUGGACGGAUAGUGGUUAUCAAGGAUAACAUAUGUACACGCGAACUUCCAACCACAUGUGCUUCGAGAGCUCUGGAUAAGUUUACCAGUCCUUUCAAUGCGACUAUCGUCCAACAAUUGGAGGAUGCUGGGGCCAUUGUGGCCGGGAAGGCGAACCUUGAUGAAUUUGGGAUGGGCUCGCACUCGGUGAAUUCCCAUUUCGGUCCCGUCAAAAAUAUGUACCGCAGUCGCAAUGCAGAAGAUCUAUCAGCCGGCGGAAGCUCGGGGGGCAGCGCGGUGGCUGUUGCUACAGAACAAUGUUACACGGCACUGGGAACUGACACGGGGGGCUCUGUUCGGCUCCCUGCCGCCUACACGGGGAUAGUGGGUUUCAAGCCUUCUUACGGACUGAUUUCCCGUUGGGGGGUAGUCGCUUAUGCGAACUCAUUGGAUACAGUGGGUAUUUUCGGGAGAGAGGUGUCUAGUGUACGUGAUGUAUUCGACAUCCUGAACCUGCACGACCCCCGCGACCCAACUAAUCUAUCUCCUGGUUCUCGAUCGCGGAUCGAUGACCACUUCGCCUCACCUCGCCUUGCGUCUCGGAUGACGACGAAUUCCCUCAAGAUUGGCGUUCCGGUGGAAUACAACAUUUCUGAGCUGGCACCUUCCGUACGACGUGCCUGGUCUCGCUCACUGAAUCAUAUGCUACAGCAAGGACAUUCUAUCCACCCUGUGUCUCUUCCAACGACCCAGAUUGCCUUGUCAGCCUAUUAUGUUCUCGCGCCCGCUGAAGCAUCCUCUAACCUGGCUAAAUAUGACGGCGUUCGUUAUGGAACGAGUCUCAAUGGUGAGCACUACCACCCGCAGAUGAACAGCUAUCUAUAUGCACGAACGCGGGGCGAGGGAUUAGGGUCCGAAGUCAAGCGAAGAAUCUUACUUGGGGCUUUUAGUCUAAGCGCCGGCGCUAUAGACAACUACUUCAUACAGGCGCAGCGCAUUCGGCGUCUCGUACAGCGAGAUUUCAAUGCGAUUUUCUUGGCGAAACAUCCACUAAUGCCUCGUCCACUUGAUGGGGAUGAAGUGAUUUAUAAGGGCAGCCAAGCCCAAGUUGAUGUUUUGGUAUGUCCGACGGCACCCUCUUCGCCGCCAGCUCUGUCGAACCUUGUUGGCGAAGGUGCCAAUUGCUCCCCCUUGGAUGCUUAUAUGAAUGAUGUCUUCACCGUGCCUGCCAGCUUGGCAGGUCUUCCAGCUGCCUCAGUCCCGGUCACGGACGAAAGCACUGAGAGCUUGGCCGGCGUCCAAAUAAUAGGCCAGUACGGUGAUGACGCCCUAGUCUUGAAAGUGGCCGGAAUGCUCUCCAACAAGCGCCUUUAG